UUCGAAGUUAACUGACUCUCCGGGGUGUUUCAACAGGAAGGCGGACAUGUUGGUCGGGCAGUGGGAGAAAAUCGGGCACCCUCUAUAUUUUUUUCUCCUUUUUGAAUAACAGCAUCGAUUGAAAGCUUGAUGUAUCCGUUUAGCUACGGCUUCGUGGAUUACAUACAUGUUGGGAAAGUACAAACCGGCGCGCGGAAUAGAGGAGGUUUAUCGCCGAAGGACUCGUAAAGGAUCGUUUUAACCAGGAUCUUGUUUUAACUGAUCGAAAUUUUCGUAAGGCGAAGUUUUGUCUCUGUCUCUCGCCACUUCUCACUUUGCAGCUGUCAGACUCGCUCGGCCUGGCGAGCAUUUAUGGACGGAGGCCUGGAGAAACUUCGUUUCUUAUGGCCGCAUGCUAACUCUGCACCGUUUAUUUCACGUCUUCAGUGUUUUGUUGCGGGGAUGUGAUCAGUUUGCGUGUUUUAAACGAGCCCCUCAUAUCUCCCGAAGCUAAAUUAGCUUAGCGCAGUAUACGUUAAUCUGUUGCUGCCGCUUUUUGUGUGUUGCCAAGUUGUCAUGGACUAAUCCGACACCUUGUCUUGUCGUUGUUGUUGUUUUGUGUGGAAAAUGUGGCUUUUCGUCCCCUCUCGGUGUUGUGUACGUUUCAGCGAGAGCGAAAAUGAGGCAGUAAGGCACAAAACGCUGCUUUGAUCAAACUGCUGCUUAUUGCUUUUGUGAGGGCAGAGGAAGUUAGCGAGUUCAUUUGCUAAUCUAGCCAGUAAACUCGCAUCUCUUUGCACUCGACUGAAUCAAACCCCCCAUCCGAUCAGUUAUGGAGAUGUCUAUUGGAGAAAGUUUGACAGCUCGUUUCGAGAAGAUCGAUGCUAUGCUGAAGGAUCCCAAAUCAGAGGUCAACACAGACUGUCUGCUGGACAGUUUGGACGCGCUGGUUUAUGAUCUGGAUUUUCCGGCCCUGAGGAAAAACAAAAGCAUAGAUGACUUCUUAAAAAGAUAUAAGGACACGAUCAGCAAAAUACGGGAGCUUCGCAUGAAAGCAGAGGACUAUGAAGUGGUAAAGGUCAUAGGAAGAGGCGCGUUUGGAGAAGUACAACUGGUGAGGCACAAAGCCACGAGGAAAGUCUACGCCAUGAAGCUGCUCAGCAAGUUUGAGAUGAUCAAGAGGUCCGACUCGGCUUUCUUCUGGGAAGAGAGAGAUAUCAUGGCCUUUGCUAACAGUAAUUGGGUAGUACAGCUGUUUUAUGCAUUCCAAGACGACCGCUACCUCUACAUGGUAAUGGAGUAUAUGCCCGGUGGAGACCUGGUCAACCUCAUGAGCAACUAUGAUGUGCCGGAAAAGUGGGCACGCUUCUACACUGCGGAGGUUGUGCUGGCGCUGGACGGCAUCCACUCCAUGGGCUUCAUUCACAGGGACGUAAAGCCAGACAACAUGUUGUUAGACAAGUCCGGCCACUUAAAGCUGGCUGACUUUGGCACCUGUAUGAAAAUGAACAAGGACGGGAUGGUACGAUGUGACACGGCAGUAGGAACUCCAGACUAUAUUUCUCCAGAGGUACUGAAGUCUCAGGGAGGAGACGGUUAUUAUGGCCGCGAGUGUGACUGGUGGUCUGUCGGGGUCUUCCUUUAUGAGAUGCUUGUUGGUGACACGCCGUUCUAUGCUGACUCUUUGGUGGGAACCUACAGCAAGAUCAUGAAUCACAAGAACGCCUUGACCUUCCCUGAAGACAGCGACAUCUCGAAGGAUGCAAAAAGCCUUAUCUGCGCUUUCCUCACCGACAGGGAGGUGCGGUUAGGGCGCAAUGGAGUCGAUGAGAUCAAGCGGCAUGGUUUUUUCAAGAACGACCAGUGGACAUGGGAGAACAUCAGAGAGACGGCUGCCCCAGUUGUGCCGGAGUUAAGCUGUGACACUGACACCAGCAACUUUGACGACAUUGAGGAGGAUCGAGGGGAGGAGGAAACCUUCCCCAUUCCCAAAGCAUUUGUAGGCAACCAACUUCCAUUUGUAGGCUUCACCUACUACAGCAAUAACCUGUUUUCUCAGGAAUCAACUAUAAAGACAAGUGACAAACGCAGCUCGACAAAAGAAGAUAAGAGUCUCUUGGAGAAUCUUCAGAAGAGGAUAUAUCAGCUCGAAGAACAAGUUCACAGUGAGAUGCAGCUGAGAGAUGAGAUGGAGCAGAAGUGCAGGGCGUCCAAUACAAAGCUAGACAAGAUAAUGAAAGAGUUAGACGAGGAGAGUAACCUAAGGAAGAGUGUUGAGGCUAACAUGUCAAUACUGGAGAAAGACAAGAUCAUGAUCCAGCACCGAGCAACUGAAUAUCAAAGGAAAGCUGACCAGGAGGCUGAAAAGAGAAGAAAUCUGGAAAACGAAGUAUCAACGCUGAAGGAGCAGCUGGAAGACUUGAGGAAAAUCAGUCAAAACAAUGACAAGAUCGCCCAGCUGCAGAACCAACUGGGGGAAGCCAACGAUCUUCUGCGCGCUGAGUCAGACACAGUGAUGCGCCUGAGGAAGAGCCACACAGAAAUGGGCAAGACUAUGAGCCAGCUGGAGAGCAUAAACCGGGAGCUGCAGGAGAAGAUUCGCGCCGCAGAAAGUGUCAAACAACAGCUGGAGAAAGAGCUGCUGCAGCUGCAGACCACGCUGGACACCGAGAGACGGAGCUGCAGCCAAGGCUCAGAGGAGAUCCGAGAACUGCAAGUUCGUAUCAUGGGUCUACAGGAGGACAAUAAGAACUUGAAGCAAAGUCUGACUAAAGUGGAAACGGAGAGGAAACAUGUUCAGGAAAGAUGUAAUAUUCUUGAAAAGGAGAAGAACAGUCUGGAAAUUGACCUCAACUAUAAGCUGAAGACUCUACAGCAGCGGCUCGAUCAGGAGUUAACGGAGCACCGCAUCACAAAGGCGCAACUCACAGACAAAUACGAGUCUAUCGAGGAGUCAAAGUCAGCUGCUAUGCAUGCGGUGGAGCAGAAGGUGUCUGAGGAAACCACGCUGCGCAUGCGGGCUGAGAGCCGGGUGGUGGAGGUGGAGAAACAGUGCUCCAUGCUGGAGUUUGACCUCAAGCAGUCCGUACAGAAGAUGGAGCAGCUGAUGAAGCAGAAGGAGAGGCUGGAGGAUGAGGUGAAGGAUCUGCGGGUGCAGCUGGAGCAGGAGACAGGGAAGCGUGUGAUGUCCCAGAACGAGCUGAAAAACUGGAAGAUGGAUUCAGAGCGACUGAAAGGGACAGAGAAGCAACUCAAACAGGAGAUCAACGCUGCCCUGGAGAACAAACGCUCGGUGGAGUUCCAGCUGGCGCAGCUCACCAAGCAGUACAGGGGAAAUGAGGGUCAGAUGAGGGAACUUCAGGACCAGCUGGAGGCUGAGCAGUAUUUCUCAACACUCUAUAAAACUCAGGUGAAGGAGCUAAAGGAUGAGAUCGAGGAGAAGAAUCGACAAACUCAAGAGGCUCUCAAAAGAGUCCAGGACCUGAACUCAGAGAAGGAGUCUCUGUCGGCUCAGCUGGACCUCACCAUGACCAAGGCCGAGUCGGAGCAGCUGGCACGAGCGCUGCAGGAGGAGCAGUAUGUCGAGCUCUCGCAGGAGUACAAGAAGGCCGUGUCCCGGUACAAACAGGAGAUCUCGGAGAAAGACUCCACCAUCUCUCAGCUUGAGGAUUCCAAUAAAACCCUUACCAAAGAUGUGGAGAUCCUCAGUAAAGAGAAGACUGAAUUUAACGAGAGAAUCCAAGCUCAAGAACAAGAGUUUGCAGCAGAGAGAGAGGAGCUGACAAACUCAAUAAAGGCAAAUUACGAGAAGGCCCUUAAUAUUGAACGAACUCUGAAGACCCAGGCGGUGAAUAAGCUGGCGGAGAUUAUGAACCGUAAGGACAUGAAGGACCAGAAGAAGCGAGGCAGCACCACCGACCUCCGCAAGAAGGAGAAGGAGAACCGCAAACUCCAGCUGGAGCUCAACCAGGAGAAGGAGAAGUUCAACCACAUGGCCUUCAAGUACCAGAAGGAGCUCAACGAGAUGCAGGCGCAAUGGGCAGAGGAGUGCACGUAUCGCAAUGAGCUGCAGAUGCAACUGGACAGCAAAGAGAGUGACAUCGAGCAGCUCAGAGAGAAACUGAAUGACUUGCAGCUCCGUGUGGACAAUUCCAGCGUCACCAGCCUGCAGCCGGACGAGCUGGACAGCAACAUCGCUGAAUCCAGGCUUGAAGGCUGGCUCGCAAUACCUAAUAGAGCUAAUAUUAAAAGAUAUGGCUGGAAAAAACAGUAUGUUGUGGUGAGCAGUAAAAAAAUCCUCUUUUACAAUGACGAGCAGGACAAGGAGCAGUCCAAUCCCUCUAUGGUACUAGAUAUUGAUAAACUUUUCCAUGUGCGUCCUGUCACACAAGGUGACGUUUACCGAGCAGAGACUGAUGAAAUCCCAAGAAUAUUCCAGAUCCUGUAUGCUAAUGAAGGCGAAUGCCGGAAGGAGACAGAUGUGGAGAGUGUUCCUCAGGGAGAUAAAGCCAACUGUUUGCCCCACAAAGGCCACGAGUUCAUCCCAACGCUCUACCAUUUCCCCACUAACUGCGAAGCUUGCUCCAAACCCCUGUGGCACGUGUUUAAGCCUCCGCCAGCCCUCGAGUGCCGCCGCUGCCACGUAAAGUGCCAUAAAGAUCACCUGGACAAGAAGGAGGACAUGAUCACCCCUUGCAAAGUGAACUAUGACGUGACGUCGGCUAGAGAUAUGCUACUUCUGGCUUUGUCUCAAGACGAGCAGAAGAAAUGGAUCGGUCAUCUAGGCAAGAAGAUUCCCAAGACUCCACCAUCCACCUUCGCACGGCAGUCUCCUCGAUCAAUGUCCGUUCGUUCCGGAGCCAACCAGUCCUUCCGCAAAAACCCCAAAAAUGUCCCAGGAAAGCCCAGCAGGGCACAGUCCAUUCUCCAGGCUGCAGACACAACCUCCAGCACAUGCUGACCACAUCAUUCAGCUUCCCAACACCUUUACUGUGCAAUGCUGUAGUCCAGCGCUCCAUCUGUUAGAUUGAGGCUUAACUGUGGGGACUUUUAUUUUGGAGGACUCUUCUUUUCUUAUGACUUUCUUGAACCGGCAAAUUCUUUCCUUUGAAAACUUUACCAGUGUUUGGGCAACGGGCUAUAUGCACAGCAAUAGUUUUCAGGCACCCGUAAGGUUAAUGUGGCUAUUUUCAGUUUCACUAGGUUACUUUUACAGCAUCAUUUCAUUCAAAUACAAGCAGUUAAAUUGAUUUAAGCAUUGAUUUUGUUGUUUAGGCGUGAAAUUAGAUGAAAAGCCAUGUAUAGAAGUGCUGUCAGUAGCAGCAGGCGAGCACUAUAACUCCAUUGAAAAUAGUGUGGUAAAAUAAAUGUCCAUAUUUUAAAGAUUUAAUUGAAUUUAAUGCAGUUUAAGAUGCGCUUUUCUAUCGUAUCUCAAUCAGACAGUGAUUGCUGAUUUUUAAACAAACUAGAUCUUAAAUGUGGUGAGUUUAUAAUGGCAUGACAGUUCACAGGAAGUGCUUUUGCUGGCUGACUGAAAAUUAAAAGUCCCUGUGCAUAUACCCCAUUCAGAGGGACUUUACUUGAGCUGGACUGAGGCUCUGUGGGCUUUCCCGCUCUUAAGUUAUUUUCAUCUGCAAGAAAAGACGCUCUUGACUUGGGAAUUGGCAUUCAGUAAACUUUAAUGUAGACAAAUAUCUGACUAGAGUGUCAAUUUAAUACAAGCUUAUCAAAGUUUCUCUGUCUUCAUCCUUCUAUGAUGGUAUGAAGAGGUGAUGUUCAUGAAAUCUGAUGGAAGUAUUUUGACAUGAAGUAAAUGGAGCGACUUUGUUGACAGCUUGACUGUUUGAUUUGUUAUUAAGUACACCUUGCUGAGUGUGAAUAUAUCUGCUUCUGUAUCAGUCAGGACGUAACAACACAAUAUAACUAUUUUGACGGCUAAUUUGUAUCAUUCAUAUAUUUAGGAUGCAUCACGCAUCUGCUCAUAUCUAGUGAUGAGGCAAAGUUAGUGUCGGCCUUCUUGUUUACUUUAUUCUUAUUAAAAAUUAUAUUUACAUGUGAGUUAUCUAGAGCUGUGACAAAAACAGCUUGAAAUCGAUUCUGCGUGAGACUUUCAAAAUGCAUCUCUGAUUACUCUUUGAGUUUUUAACUGCGGACUUCACUCUAGGCUAGUUUUUAACAGCGAACGGCGCUCUAGGCUAGUUUUUAACAGCAGACGGU